AGUUUGUGAGUAAAUAAUAUUUUUUUGGUUAUUUUGUUGUCAGUAUUUUCAAAUAAAGUUGUAUUAAUUAUGCAACAAAGGGAGGAAAAACAGCUAGAAUCUGCAUUAGAUUCUAUUAUUCAAAGAGUUAAUGAUUUAAAACAAUCGAUAGCAUCUAUGAUAUUUAAAAUAGAAAAUGAAUAUGAAACAAUUAACUGGCCAACUUUUUUGGACAAUUAUGCUUUAAUAUCUGGUCAACUAACUUCCCUUUCUAAAGUAAUGAGUCAUGAUAAAUGUCCAGUGUUAAGAAACCUAACUGUGUUACCAUUGAUGUUAUCACCUGAGAGAGAUGAACAACUGGCUCAAAUAACAGAGCAUAGAGUUACAACUUUUGCUCAUGACAUAGUACCCGAUUAUCUAAGGACAAAACUGGAACCAAUGGCAGAAUCUAAGAUGAUACAAUUGGAAAACAAAGCUUUAGGUUUACAAUAUGAUAAUGCACAAAAACAAAUAGCAACUUACCAAAAAGUUGUAUCACAUGUUUGGGAUAUUGUGAGUAAAGCACGUGAAGAAUGGGAGGUAGAGUCUUCUUCCAGAGGAAAUACUCAGCAAAAUUCAAGUGUUUCUGAUACCCACCUUCUUGUAGCUGCAGUUGGCAUGGGCAAAGGAUUGAAGAUGGGCCAAGCUCCAAAUGGCCAAGCAAAUCCUACAUCAGGUGGUAUGAUGGUUACAAACCAAGGAAGACCUGGAGGUCCUCCUGGACCAGGUCAGAUGCCUCCUACUACGCAGGCAAUGACUAUGAAUAAAGCUCCGUCAGCAAUAAAAACAAAUAUUAAGAGUGCAGGUCAGAUGCAUCCUUAUGGAAGAUAAAAUGGAAUGUUUUGAAUAUAUAUGUAAAUAAAAAUGUAUAUUUAUGAUUUAUUGUGUA